AUGCCUGAGCAACGGCAACGACGAGAGGAGGAUGCAGGAGGUCAUUCCGGUCUCAAGGGUGCCCUUCAGGGUCUCGGAAUUUUCCUUCUGAUGCAAUUCGUUGUGGGCCAAUUCUUUGGCAACAAGCAGAAUGCAACCUCUUCCUCCGUGCAGCCAGGCAACAUGCCCACGUUCGCGGACCGCCCCGAUCCCAGCGAGUAUGCGGAGUACAGUGCUGUCCCAGAUCUCAUCGCUCCCAUUUGGCCGUCCGAUAGCAGCAUUGACAUCAGUAUUUAUGUAUCGCCAUCAAUCGUGGUGCCAUCUUCCAAGUCCAAGGACAGCACCCUGGUAAUGCACGAGAAGAACUUCACUAUCGGCAACUACAGCGACACUCGUGAGAUCGACACCAUCAUCAAGCUUCCCAAGCACGUCCAGAAUAACGGCACCCUCUUUGCUCAUUUCUUUGUGGCACGGAGUGGUCACCCCUUGGAUCCCAGCGCGAAGGACUACAACACCGCGGAUGCCGUCCACUUUCUGCGUCCCCUGAACCAGUAUCUGCCUAAGAAGAAAGCAAAGAAACUCAAGAAUUUGCUAGCUGCCUCGGAGGAAGGAGAAGUGGAAGAAGAGGACCUGACUCCGGAUGUUCAGACUGUGUCAUACUACCAUCCCAACUUCACACUUUCUGUCAUCCCCGACUCGGGCUCGCAAAAGUUUCCUCAGAUGCAUCCGGCUGUCCGUCAGUACGUACAGCUCGAGCGGACCGGUGCGCGCGACAAAACUGGCCGGAACGGCUGGUACUACCCAAUUCUUUUCCUCAACACUUUCUGGCAGUUGAAGAGCCACAUGACCGAGUUGAACUCUACGGUGACGGAGGUGCCCCUGCGGAUUACUCUCAACAACCUGGCAAACUGGAAGUUUAGCAUUCUCACAAGUAUUGACGAGGGUUCCAAGCAAAGCGCUCGUCAAGCUGCUUAUGGCGGUCCCGUGCCUGGCGGGGGUGAUGGCUCCGAAUGGGAAACGAUCAAAGAGGUCCUUCUGGACACGAACAUCUAUCUUUUGUGUACCACGGGAAUUGUCACUAUUUUGCACAUGCUGUUUGAAACCCUUGCUUUCAAGAAUGACAUUGCCCAUUGGCGAAAGAAGAAGGACGUUGUGGGUACAUCUGUUCGAACUAUUUUGGCGAACGUCUUUAUGCAGGCGGUGAUCUUCCUUUACCUCAUGGACAAUAGUGACAACACGUCCUGGAUGAUCUUGGCUAGUCAAGGAUUUGGUAUUCUCUUGGAAGCCUGGAAGAUCACCAAAACUGUGAAUGUUCGCCUGCGGCCGCCACCACCCAGCUCCUUCUUCUCUUUCCUGCCGUACGUCGUUGUCUUCGAAGACAAGCACAAGCUGAGCGAGACCGAGGAGAAGACCAAAGAGUACGACGAGAUUGCUUUCCGCUACCUUUACAUUCUCGCGGUGCCUCUCCUCCUCGCCUACGCAACAUACAGCCUGUUGUACAACACUCACAAGUCAUGGUAUUCUUACAUCAUCGAGACACUCGUGGGCAGUGUAUACGCCUAUGGCUUCCUCAUGAUGGUCCCCAGCUUGUACAUCAACUACCGCUUGAAGUCGGUUGCUCACAUGCCAGGCAAGGCAAUGGCCUACAAAUUCCUCAAUACCUUCAUUGACGACUUGUUCGCUUUCACAGUCAAGAUGCCCUGGCUGCAUCGUUUGGCUACCCUGCGUGACGACGUCAUCUUCUUCAUCUGGCUCUAUCAGGGAUGGAAGUACAAGGUUGACUACAAGCGUGUCAAUGAGUUUGGCCAGGGAGGUGACAGUGAUGACGAGAGUGAUCCCCCCGCCACCCUUAAGCUUGAGGAGGAAAAAGAGAAGAAGAACGAGACCGUGGCCGCUCAAACCUCGGCCGAAGUCGAUCAGAAAACUUCCACCCGUCAGCGGAAGUCAAAGAAAUAA